CUAAGUCAUUAAAGUGUUGGAGACAGACAUUCUGGCAUUGAAAGUAUGGAGGGGUCUCCCUGCUUUGGUGCCUAAGCAAGAGGUACUGUAGCAGUCUCCUCUUGACAGCACAGAGAGGUGUCUGUGUUCUCCAGUUCCUGGCUCAAAAAACUGAGAACGUCUGAGAGAUGGAAAAAAGAGAGCUAAAGGCUUUUGUUCCAAAAUUUGACAAGAUUCCGUGGCUGAGUGAGGCCAGCCUGGUAAACAAGCCGCUGAUACUCAGCAUCCCCAGAAGGUAUCACUCCUCCAUUGUUCUGACUUCAUACAAGAAGGAUACGUAUCUGCCACACUUGCUUGAAGAUUCAGAUGUCAUAUUGAAGGCUAGAAAGAGCGAGCACGAAAACCUGUCAUCCCGAAACAAGCAACUGUGCUCCACAUGUCGAGGAUGUCAAGAAGUGAAAACGGUACAGCCAAAAAUUUUCAUAAUACCCGACCAUCAGAAACCAUCCUCCAAGAAUUCUGUUAGUCACAGAGAGGUGAGCCUUCAUUCCCAAGUGCAGCAGUUACAUUCCUGCAAUGAUAUUCCAACAGAGAGCAUUCGCUACAGACUGCCCAUCUUAGGCUCCAGGACUGCUGUCUUCCACAGGCUGCUGUCAGGUGCCUAUGAAACUCCUCAGGAUACUCAGCACUGUGCCUUUCCCAGAAAGAAAGGGAUGAGCAAAACAGUGAAGCAGUAAGUGGGUGGCCAGAGCCCAUUACCCCCAAACACUCAGGGAAAAGGCUACCUCUCCAAGCCAGUUUCUGACGCUGGUACCUUCCCCUAAUCUUGUAUCUCUCAAAAGAUGAGUCACUUUUUCUUUCCUAUGUGCUGCUCUUCUAGCUCUUCCCACUUCCUCCUAAAGACGACAUGGUUUAAUUUACAUAGCUAUAAAGAUUUAUUGACUAACACAGAACGUGCUAAUUGUACCUCAUGUUUUGCUGAAAAUUUUAAUGCAUGUUAUAUUAUAACAAAUGACAGCCUUCAUCUUAUAAGUCAUGGAUUUUCCAUCUAAGUCAGUUAGCACAUUCCUUCUGGUAGGAGGACCAGGGAUGGCUCCUUGAGCCCUCCAUGACUUCAUUUUAUUCGCAAUAAAGGAGAAAAGGGGAAAAAA